GAGAAAAGAAAAGGAAGUAAAAUAAAGAGGUAUAAACAUAUUGAAUAGUGUACAAGAUAUAGACCCUCUUUAUUUAUUUGGAAGCAGAAUCACCAACUAUAGCCUUAACUCAGACAAGAAUUUCUAAGAGAAUGUCUUGGUUCCUUGUGCUACUGUUUCUCAGUCUCACAUUUGGUGCUAUUCAAUCUGAGUCUAGCCAUGACAAGAUGCCUCCUUCUGCUGUUGUGGUUGGCACUGUUUACUGUGACACAUGUUUCCAACAGGAUUUCUCCAUGGGCAGCCACUACAUUUCAGGUGCAUCAGUAGCUGUAGAAUGCAAAGAUGGUUAUGGGAGCUCAAAGCCAAGGUUCAGGAAAGAAGUGAAGACAGAUGAGCAUGGUGAGUUCAAGGUGCAGUUACCUUUCUCAGUGAGUAAACAUGUGAAAAGAAUCAAGGGAUGCACUGUGAAAUUAAUAAGUAGCAGUGAGCCUUAUUGUGCAGUGGCCUCAGCAGCAACUUCUUCAUCACUACGCCUCAAAUCCAGAAAGCAAGGACUACACAUAUUCUCAGCUGGUUUUUUCUCAUUCAAGCCUCUAAAACAGCCAAAUCUUUGUAACCAGAAACCCAGCACUGAAAAUAUCAAGGGCCUUGAUGAUGUGAAAAGUUUAUUUCCUCCAAAAAUAGAUCCAUCAUUUCCUCCACCACUUCAAGAUCCAAACACACCUGGUGGUCUUCUUCCUCCCCUUCCUGGAUUACCAACCCUACCACCAUUGUUGCCACCCCUCCCUCCUCUUCUAAACCUUCCAGGAAUACCAUGGUCACCACCAGUCCCCGCAGGAAUUACUAAUGAGUCCCCAAAUGUUCAACCUUCAGAGCAGAAAAUAGCCGACCCUAAUAACCUCAUAUUUCCUCCCAACCCAUUGUUUCCACCACCCAUUGUCCCCAACCCAUUUCAACCACCACCCUUAGUCCCCAACCCUCUUCAGCCACCUCCUGUAAUUCCUAACCCAUUACAGCCACCAGGCCCAUCACCACUUGUUCCUAACCCAUUCCAGCCUCCCUCAUCAGGAACAUCACCACCACUGUUUCCUUUCCCAACAGAACCGGGUUCAACUCCAUCAUCAUCACCACCAGCUUUUCCCUUUCCUUUCCCUCCACUAUUCCCUCCACCCAGCAGUCCUGACACACCCUCCACUUCUUCAAAGAAUGCUUCUCCUUAACUAAAUAGUAGCUAUCCAUGCACAAUUCACUAAUAAUUCCAUCCAAAUGAAGAUCUUACUUUCUUGAUGGAAAUUGUAAUAUGGUUAUGAUAUGAAUAGAAAAAUUAGCAUGGUGAAUAUGCACCCAUAUAGUGACUACUGCUGAAAAAAUUGAUACGUGAUUCAUGUAUUAUUAGUAAUAAUUUAAGGAUGUGGUCAUAUUAGAGAUUCAA